CUCUAUUGGCUUCAGUUGAACGCUUUAUUAUUUGCGUGAUAAUAAGUGUUUUGUUUUCUUGCUUACUAUAACUUGCACGCAUUAAACUCUUGAUUCACUGAGAGUUGUUGCUGUAUUGAGAUCUCUUCUCAAUUUAUCACAGCUUCGCAACAAUAAUUGUAAGUUUCUUGUUUGUUUUGUGUUCAGUUGUCCAUCAUGAGGACACAGAUAGAUGUGAUGUGCUGUAAAUCAGUAGGAACGGAUCUGUCCAUGCUGGAUAUUGAUGAUUUAAUGACAGAAAUCUCUCAGCUGAAGAAAGAGGUGGCGGUAUUGGAGGCAAAGCUCGGGGAGAGAGAUGAACUGAACACAAAGGAUGUAUCUGUUUUCUCUCUCUGUGUCAUCUCUGAUCAAACAUCUCCUGAGCUUCUGGUUUCUGUCUGUAAUGAAGAGCAGAAACCAUCAGUGAAUCUGCUGGACUGUAAAAGGGAGAUAAAAACAGAAAUCACUGAAACGGAAGAACAGACAGAUGAAGCUGAAUUGAUUCAUCCAGACGUGAUGAAGGUGAAAGUGGAAAUUACAGAACCGAAUGAAGUUGAAGAAAAACCUCAUCAUUUUAUAAAUGGAGAAGAAUCUCAAAGCUGCUUGAAGACUGAGGAGAAUUUCUCAUUGAAACAAUCUCAAAGAGAAACAGCCUACGAUUCCCUUACAUGCCCUCAGUGUGGAGACAUCUUCACUCGUAAAUAUAAUUUAAACAGGCACAUCAGACGUCACACAGAAGGAAAGUCGUACAUUUGUACUCCGUGUGGAAAGACGUUUGUAUGUAAAAACAUUCUUAAAGCGCACAUGAGAAGUCACACUGGAGUAAAGCCAUACAGAUGUGACCAAUGUGGAAAGACCUUCAAUUGUAAAUCCCACUUGACAGAUCACAUGAGAAUUCACACUGGAGAAAAGCCGCACAGAUGUGACCAGUGUGGAAAGACCUUCAGUUGUAAAUUCCCCUUGAACGAGCACAUGAGAAUUCACACCGGAGAAAAGCCAUACAGAUGUGACCAGUGUGGAAAGACCUUUGCACUGAAAUCCACUCUUAAUGUGCACAUGAGAUGUCACACUGGAGUAAAGCCGUACAGAUGUGACAAGUGUGGAAAGACCUUUGCGCAGAAAUCCACUCUUAAUGUGCACACGAGAGGUCACACUGGAUUAAAGCCUUACAGAUGCGACCAAUGUGGAAAGACCUAUACUUGUAAAUCCAAUUUGAAAGAUCACAUGAGAUGUCACACUGGAGAAAAGCCGCACAAAUGUGACCAGUGUGGAAAAGUCUUUUCACGUAGAAGCAACCUUAGUAAGCACAUGCGAGUUCACACCGGAGAAAAGCCUCACAUAUGUCCUCAGUGUGGAAAGAGUUUUAGUUGGGCAGCUGGUCUGAAAGAGCAUCUUUUGUAUCAUUCUGAAGUGAGACCGUUUCAGUGUGAACACUGCAGUAAAACAUUCAUAGCUGUAUGGUACCUGAGGAGACACUUUGAGAAGACUCAUGCAGGUGUGACUAAUGCACUUUCUUCCUCUGAAGAACAUAAGAAAACCACACAGGUGUGA